UUCAACCUCAACCUCCACACCUCAAGAUCAACACCUCUUCGCUCUCCUCCCCCACUUCUCUCCCUCAACAUCGCCAUGAACAAGUUAAUAAGUUGUCCCUCGCUUCACCAUCCUACACCGAAUAUCCCUUAUCACACUCUCCCCGCGCUCAUACGAAAGCUUGCGUAGACGUCGUGGCGAAAACGAGGCUGAGCUGGCUUACUUACUCUCUUUCCCGCAUUCUACUAAACGAGCCUUGGGAAACGCAGUAAAAAACUUCCUCCGUCCCCAACCUCACCUCCCGCCUCGAACGGGAUAUCAAUGAACCAUCUGCGUUGAAGCCUUUCAGCGCGAGGGCUUCUCGAGACAGACCGCCCAUCAUGUCCGCUCGAAUCCAGCUCGACAACCCCCACGCCUUCUAUACCAAUCUCGACUAUAUCAGCGGCCGGGUCGUCCUCUCCCUCAACAGCGAUGAGAACAUCUCCGCCAUACUCGUCAAGCUGGAAGGCGAGUCGCAGACCAAGUUGAUGCGUCCGAUGAAUCCGCACGGGUCCGGACACCAACGACGUGACCGUGCGAUCCCCGUCACCGAGAACCACAAGGUCCUCUAUAAAGUGAGCCAGGUCUUCCCCACGGAUGAAGGACCGGGCGCGGGCACGAGAGGGGCAAUGUAUACCCUGCGGCCCGGCCAACAUGAAUAUCCAUUCCGCUUCAAGAUCCCAUUCAACAAUGGCUGUUCCGACCCGCAAAACCAGCAACUCGGGGCAGGCGGGCUUGCAGGAUUCGCCGCAUUGGGAGGGUUACAACAAUUGCAAUACCGGCACGUCAAGCGUACGCUGCCGCCUUCACUGACGGGCUUUCCGGGCGAGGCGGAAAUCAGAUACUUUGUUAAGGUUACGGUUCAGAGACCGGGCAUCUUCAGGGAGAAUUGGAGAUCGGCCAUUGGCUUUAGAUUCCUGCCCAUCGAGCCGCCGAGAAGUCCACCUACGUCAAACGAGGUGUUUGCUAGGAGACCAUAUGAAUUCCAGUCAGGAUUGGCGGGCUUUGCGAAGAAGAAUAAACUUUUUAACAGUAGAAAACCGUCCAGACUAUCAGAUACGGCGCCGAGAGGAGAAGUGGAUGCGCGACUGCCCAGCCCGGCGAUUUUGACCUGCAAUGAGCCACUCCCCUUACGGAUCAUUAUCAGGAAGUUGAACGAGAGCCCGGAAUAUGUGUUCUUGACAAGCUUGCAGGUUACAUUGAUUGGGAGUACGGAGGUGAGGGCUCAGGAUGUGGCUAGGACGGAGCUGAGUACCUGGGUCAUGAUGUCUCUGAAUGGGUUGUCGAUACCAGUUGGGAAUCCGAGUGACAAACUCCGAAACGAAACGGUCGUGGAUAAGAUGCUGUGGGAUCGAAUACCGUUGCCCAAUACGGUAGCGCCUUCAUUCCACACUUGUAAUCUUACGAGGAGGUAUGAGCUGGAGGUGAAAGUGGGCUUGGGUUACGGCAUGCCAGGAGAUAUUCAGCCCCAAACAGUCCAGCUCCCCCUCCGCUUCCAAACAGAGAUCUACUCAGGAAUCUCCCCACCCCCCGCUCUUCUCAACGCCAUGGCAUCCCGACCCGCCGUCCCCGCCCGACCCUCAGCCUCGAACGCCCCCCGACCAGCAGCAAGACCAAGCGCCGCAAGACCACCCCAGCAACCCGCCUACGACCCCGCCUACCCGCCGCAACUCACCACGCCCUACGUCCCCGAAGACGACGCGCCCCCCUCCUAUGAAGACGCCAUGGCUGACGAGAUCACGCCCGCCGACGGUCCUAGACGGGAGUACAGCGGCGUCACGGAUGUCAACUCGCCGGCGCUGGACGCCAAAACGCCGCAAUACAGCGCGCGGCAUGGGGAUCCGGGCCCUGGCGGAGGCGAGGGUAGCGGGAGUGGGCCGGGAGGAGCCGUGGUGUGAGUUGGAUAGAGAUAGAGAGAGACAGACAAGACGCACGCGCGCGCGCGCGCAAGAGAUAGAGAUGAGAGACGAUACCCGUGUAAUGAUUAAAUGUGGUAAUGAUACAAUACCUAGACAACCCCUGGAUACUAUUACUAUUCUGUUGUGAGCUGGCAAUGGCAAAGAGGUUAGUCGGAAAAUUGCGAAUAGCGCUAUAUAUAACCC